AUGGCGUUGGGUAAGACAGUGGUGGGUGAUGCCAACCUCGCUCCUCCUGCCCCUGUCUUGGUUCUUGGUGGCUGCACGGGUGUGGGGAAAACCGCCAUCCUCUAUGAGCUUCGGAAAGUGGACCAGCAGAUUCUGGAUUUGGAGGGACUGGCCAAGCAUCGGGGGUCUGCUUUUGGUGCUACCUCGGAGCCUCAGCCAAGUAACGAGGCCUUUGAGAACAUCUUGGCCUUUGCGGUGAGACGAGUCACUCCUAAGAAGCCUUUGUGGAUUGAGCAUGAGGGCAAACAUGUGGGCAAGGCAUCGCUUCCCUUGGGGAUUCUAUCCUGGAUCACCAAUGCAACAGGAGCUCUGGUGAUGCUGACCAUGAGCAAGGAGUUGAGGGUCCGCAGAUUGGUGGAUGACUACUGCAACGAUCCGAAUCUGUCGAAGGUGGAACAACUCGAGCAACUCAAGAAUAGUGUAAAUCUCCUGUCGAAGCGACUGGGUGGGCAGCGGGUGAAGGAUGCCCUGCGUCUGUUGGACGAAGGUCGUUGGAACGAGGUGGCCGGUAUGAUGUUGGAUUACUACGACAAGCUCUACGAAAAAUGGGCCUCCCAAAGUCGUUGCGCCAAAAUUCAUGUGGACUGCCCCACCAUCGAUGCCAUCGACAACGCGCGGCGGGUUCUGAAGGCGACGGAACAGCAUGGCUACUGCCACUGCUCCAUUUGUCGUCGCCUCUCCGGGGCACCCUUCUCCUGUCAAGCGCUCUUCACCGCUGCAGAGGUGCAGCUAUCGAUGGAGCCUGGGGCGAACCUCACAUCUUUGCAAACAUCCAAAGGCGUUGAACGGACAAGAUGUGCUUCGUGUUUGGCUCCAGUGCGUGGACUUCUCCUGGGAGGCAAAGUUGCAGCGGUACCAUUGGGUUUGCUUUGCAGCUGGCGAGGAACUGAAUCUCCGUUGAG